GACCCGCUAGCCCGGGUUGCGCCCCAACUCAGCGACUCGUCGAACUCGGCUCCUAAGUCCUAACCUAACAAACCCUUUCUUCCUCCGUUGCUAGGGUUUGCCUCUUUACCUCUCAGUUUGCUACUGCACAAAACUCUCUCUCUCUCUCCGGCGUCGGCGGCGGCGGCGGCGGAGGACGCGGAUCGGAAAAAAUGGCUUCGCCGGAAGCUCCCGCUUGCUACGUCGGCGUCGCCAGGCAGUCCGCCGCCUUCCGCCUCAUGAAGCAGAUGGGAUGGGAGGAGGGUGAAGGCCUUGGAAAAGACAAGCAAGGGAUAAAGGGUUACGUCAGGGUGAAAAACAAGCAGGAUACUCUAGGCGUGGGCUUAGAUAAGCCGACGAAUAACUGGGCUUUCGACACCUCCCAAUUCGACAACAUCCUUAAGAAAUUGAAAGUGCAAGUGGCUGAACCGGUUGAUAAAGAAGCUUCUGAUGUGAGUGAGGCUGAUAUUAAAUCUGCAAAAGAUGCAUCAGAAAAGGAUAAGGGUUGUAAAGCUACUCGGCCACAAGGAAGGUAUAAGAAAAGAGAGAGAGGCAAACUUGUGAACGCCUACUCAGAAAAGGAUCUUCAAGGAAUUCUCGGAAACAAAGUCGAAGAUGAUUGUAACAUGGAUUUUGAGCUAAAUGCUGGCCCGUCAAGUUUUGAUGUAUCAAACUCUGAUAUCUCACAGGAAGAAGGCCCAAAACUUGAAGAUGUAAAUUGGUGGGGCCAUAAGCAUGGGUUUGUGUCAGGAGGUUUUCUUGGUGCACGGUCACUUCCCCGCAAAUCAAGCAAACCCAUAGAUUCUAAGAAUAAUUCUUUAGAUAAACGCAACACAUUCGCUGAAGAAGAUCAAGAAAAUCUAUACAAGCUUGUCCAGGAUAAAGCUACUUCAGGGAAACAGGGGCUUGGCAUGAAGGAUCGGCCCAAGAAGGUAGCUGGUUGCUACUGGGAGGGAAAGAAGACAUCUUUUGAUGAUGGUGAUGGUGAAUGUUCUGCUGAUUCUGGUGGUUUAACAGAACAGAGGGAGAGUGAGGAUAUAGAACCUCGCAGUAAGGUGAAAUGCAAAAAUGUUGAAAAGAAAAUAAAGCUAAAAAAGUUAUGCAAAAAGAUCCUUCGUCAGGCGCCUUCACAAUCGCUGAGGUUUAAAGAGCUUAAAGUCCUUGUUGAAGCUCAUUCCACAACUUAUUUCUCAAACUUUUCUUCCAGACAUGAUGCUCUGUCGCACUUAAAGAAGAAGUUAGAAGGCAGCAGGACAUUCCUUGUGGAGGGUAAGAAAGUGAGUCUUUUGCCACGGAUUUAGAGAGCAUGAUUUGUUCGCGAUGUUGUACCCAAGCCUUUUCCUAUCACAUAGGCCUUGUUUGGAUGUCGAUACUGAAAACAUUAUUUUAAUAAUUCGAUCACACUCCGAACUUUAAAUCACAAUAGAAAAUUUUCAUAUCAAAUAGAAUAUUACCGAGAUAAUUUAUUUCGAAAUCCAAACAUAGCCAUAUUGUUCGCUAUUUGUCGUGAGUGAUUUUAUUCAACAAGUCUCCUGGGGAAGAGGCUAAAAAUUUUGUAGCGUCUUAGUCUUAAUAUGUGUGCUUUAUGCUUGAGUUAAAAUUUUAGGGCGGACUAUUCGGAUAGAUCCAUCCAUAUAUCAUUGUAUUCAUUAAUGAGAUGUUCUUUUGCUAAAAUGGUGAAAAUUUUGCUGCACAUUGCUGA